AUGUUUCCAAAUGACCACACAAAUACCUCCGAUGUGAUGGCCCGCAGUCACGCCUCGCGAGAAGCGACGACGUCCGAUUUUGACCCGGAUCACGAGGCUCUAGUUUCCACAAGGCAACUGGACAACGACCACCUCCAGCCUCAGUCAAAACGUGCAAAAUGGUACGACGCGCACGCGGAACAAGAAUCAGAUCCUGACUUCGUCAUCAACACAUCUGCUCUUCACAGAGCUUUCCCAGACUUUUCUGACGCAUCCAGCUCGGAGGAGGAGGAGGGUGACCUUUCGGUCGAGAUGGGAAGGGCAGCAAAGAAGACAUCCCAACAGUUGGAUGAUUCGCGAGAUUCAGUCAUGAGUGUAGAUGGGAGUAAAUACUCUGCAUCACCAGCGGGUAGGGAAGGUCGUUUCGGAAGCCGCACCCCAAGGGCUCCCUUGCUCCCAAUUACCAAUCGAGCUUCGACUGGAAGAGAUAGCCUUCGCAAAGACGCUCAGAUACGACGCGCCAGCCUCGCCAUGAAGGAUAGCAACCCGCCUAAAGAUAUAAAGCUCAAAAGCGGAAGCCAACGCCGCACUUUAUCUGAAAUUCAUGCGAAAGUUAACGAGACGUAUGAUGGAUCAUACAUCAGCGACGAACGACCUGCAAAGGUGACAAUCACCACCCGAAAUACGCGUUUCAGCAACAGGCGAACAAAUGACCAAAGUGCCAGGUUCGCGGACGCAGGAAACAAAGCUUCCGGGAAAAAUUAUCUCAAACAUUACAAUGCUGGAGACGUGGAGCAGACACAAUUAAGAAAACAGCUGCCACCGAAAACCACUGACAGCAAUGGAACCACAGACAAUCCCACAUACCAAUCAUAUGCGCUUCCUGACAUCCCUGAUCUCUCUGAACUCGUCUCGGGAAUCUAUGAGAAUGGAACCCCGAAGGGACGAUCGCGAACAACGCGUUUCACCUCGCCUCCCGCCAUGGGAGUUUCUACUUCUAAACCCCCUGAACACCUACCCCUUGAUUCCAUUCCAGUUCCGGAUGACGAAAAGGCUAUUUUUGUUUCAUUGAAAUUGCUUCAAGAGAAAGUUCAAGCAUUGCAAACAGACAAAUCCGACAUGGAAAUUAGGCUCGAGGAAAUGGAGGAGGAAAUUUUAAUUCUGAGAAACGAAAAUGCGCGACUUCGAAAGCAAGACAAAAAACGCGUUAGUAUGUAUGGUGGCGAUGAAGAUAUUAACAAUGGAGGGGUUGGCAAACUCUUCAUCCAAAAGAACAGUGAGUAUAUUGGCAUUCCUGUAGAUGGUAUGAAUUUUAACCUCCAUUCUCUAGGAUUAGAAGCGGCAAAUUUGGCACUUCAAAAUCGGUUGGAUGUCUCCAUCCGCAAAAAUUCAAGCCAUGAGACAACGAUUAAGCACUUGACGCAAGAACGAGAUUCCGCCCGGACUCAGUUGGGCGUUGCCUAUCUUAAUUUAGAGGAACUCAAAUUGGAAAAUGAUGCGUUGGCACAGGAGAACGAUGAAAUGAGGAUCCAGAUUGAGUCGUUGAAUGGGUUCCCAAAGGAAGCGAAUGAUAGUAAACCUAUAGAGAUGUGCGACUCCACAACGAAACGCCGAGAAACGACAACCCUGGACCCAACCAAAGCAACGAAACCACAUCGAAUCAGGACUAAACAUGCCGAAGAUCCCGAUGCGAAUGGAUCAAAUGAACAAAUUGGUUUCGACACCCGUCGACGGAACUCUAAUAGAACACAACAGGAUCGUUCACAAUCGCGCGUGCCCUCUGCAGUCAAAGUGGCUACUUCCAAGCAGCAGAAGCAAGCGGAGUAUGACUCCCUCUUUUCUCUCGACUUAUCUCAACUUUCAGUUCAGCAAUCUACAAAACAUACAAAGACGCAAGCAAAUACUGCCCAAAAGAAACUCCCCAACACUAGUAAACUGCGCACUAAGAAAGCUGUUGUUGAGGACAUGGAAGAUUCCGAUCUUUCCGAGGAAGAGAUGGGUACGGAAACUCGAGGCUCCCGCAAUCGGACUGGACUGACAAAUGAUUUGACAUUCUUAAGCUUUAUUGAUGCCAACGAGAUAGCUAAACUUCGCAAAACACUGGAGGAGGAAAGGGUGGCUCGCAAAACCUGCCUCAGCCGGGAAUUGACUGAGCAAACCAAAACUGGCAAUUUUGGGACACGAUUCUUAGGGAGCGCUACACAUAGCACACUGCUUAAGUCAUCUUUAAAAAACACUUCAUCCAAGGCAUCGCGCCCCGUAAUACUUGAAGCGCAAGAUUUUACCGGAACGGAACAUAGAUCAGUUGCAAAUACCCGCGAUUUAUCGCAGCACAACCUCACUAACCAUUCCACAUCCACAGCUGGUCCACGACGUAGGUUAAAUAAGACGGAGGAGAUGACAUCGGCAUUUAUUCUCCCUGAUAUCACGUUGCAUGCAAUUUCCGGAAAAUCUGGAGAGCCACCCAAGUUAUCCGCAGCUGCUCAGCGUGUUUUAAAUGAGGUAGCGAAACAUGAUGGGAAAAACUGUUCUGUUUGCAAAAACGUUAUCGACAAGAAUUGCAUACAUGGCCUCAGCAACAGAGAAGGGCAGGUCUCUUUUAAAGUCACAAAACCAGUACCUGUGUCCUGUCGCGCGCCAGAGCCAUCCCCGUAUAUUGAAGAGCCGACUCUCCGCCCGUCACAGCAACCAGCUCUGGCUCUUGCAACAGUUUUGAAGGCAUUGGAGGACGAGUUGGCCCACCUAAAAAUGCAACUUGUUUUGCAACAAACGGCACUGAACAAACACGACGCAUCUCUUGGCAAAAAACAACGGAAGUCCAUACUCCGUAAAUUUGAAUUCCUUCUGAGAGAAAUUGAUACAAAAUCUGAUCAGAUAUAUGCUUUGUAUGAUGUUCUCGAGGGUCAGAAGGAGGAUGGCCAUGAGAUGACACAACAGGAAGUAGAUGUUACUUUGCAAUCGAUUGGACUUGGUGGAAAAGACGGCGGUGUUCUUACCGAACGUCUUGGCCAUGACGGUUAUGAGGGGAAAGGCGUUACCGGGGGUGCAAACAGCGACGGUGACAGCGAUUACGACGACCCACCUUGGGAAGGGUUUGAAAGCACUGGCGAUCUUACGGGGCGGAAUUUUUCCAAGAAGCUGACAAAAAGCUCCUAG